AUGUCUGAAACGUCGGCAGAAUUGAAGUCGGCCAUCUACUUGAUGGUGGCCAAGAUGGUGGAGGAACAAACAGGCGAACUCUCGGAGUCCGAUGCCGUGACCGCAAGCCCUACUUAUGUUGCAGCAUUGGUUGAAUUGGUAUACAAUCAAAUUGUUAAUUUGGGAGAAGAUUUGGAAUUGUUUGCCAACCAUGCCGAUAGAACCACUAUCAAGCCCAGUGAUUUGUAUAUGGUGACCCGCAAGAAUGAAGCCUUGACCCGAAUUCUUCAAGAUUUGGAGUCUGAAUUACACCAAAGAAAGAAGUAA